AUGUCUGCACAAGUGGAGGCUAAUCACAAAUAUUGGGCCACAACUAAAAACGAAAUUGUAGAAAGUUGGCAAGUGUCCACGUGGAGCCACCGUGCAUGGCUGGCCAUUGGCUGCACGGCGGUGCUGUUUUCGGUGGCUAAAUCCAUCCAUUACGGCCCCACAAAAGCAUCCAUCUUUGCGGCGUUUAUUGGAUAUAUCUUAGCGGACUUGGGCUCGGGCAUUUACCACUGGGCCAUAGACAAUUAUGGGAGCCCAAAUACGCCCAUCUUCGGCUCCCAAAUUGAGGGCUUCCAGGCAAGAUCAUCCCUAUUAUUCUUACCUCCUAAUAUCACUAACAUAAACGGCCACCACCAGCAGCCGUGGGCGAUCACCAAAAAGCAGGUCGCCGUCAAUCUCUACCUGACGGCGGCGUCUGUAUCGGCGGCCGUCAUCCCCAUUAAUAUUCUCUCCACUAACCCGCCUUUGCUCAUGUUCGUCGGCGUAUUCGGUGCCAGCGAGAUUUUCAGCCAACAGUUCCACGCGUGGGCCCACACGCCCAGACGGAAGCUUCCGGCCGUCGUGACGGCGCUUCAGGACGCCGGAAUCCUUCUGGCGCCGUCGCAGCACGCCGCCCACCACCGGCCGCCUUACAACAACAAUUACUGCAUCGUCAGCGGAAUCUGGAACCGGAUUCUGGAUAGGACCGGGUUUUUCCUGGGCCUGGAGCUGGCGUUCGAUUGGGCUUUCGGGUACAAGCCCAGAUGUUGGGGCGAGCCCAAUUUUGAAUGGGCCCAAGUCUCUGGAGCUAAAGAGCUCAGUCUGGCUGCACCAUCAGCCUCAGAUGAUCAAGGACUGACCUCAGAUAGCUCGGAGGUUGGAAGAUCAGAGGAGCACGUAGCCCGGAUUACAACAAUUUACUUCCCUAAGUCAACAAAUCGUAUUCUUUUUGAUAUGGGUGUAAUAGCUGAGCUUCAACUUAAUAAAUCAGGCACAGCUAAUAAGCCCACAAAGUACAUAGAAAAUCAAGAAACUUGGCAGAUCUCCACGUGGACCCACCGCGUCUGGCUUGCCGCCGGCUGUGCAGCGGUGCUUUUCACGCUCGCCAAAUCCCUCCACUUACUAAUAGCCCUCCGCCCCUUUUCCCCAAGGCCAUGGAUCCACUCCCUUUCAGCCUCCUUCACCGGCUAUGCCGCCGCCGACCUCGCCUCCGGAAUUUACCACUGGGCAAUCGACAAUUACGGAAGUCCCCACACCCCCAUAUUUGGGCCCCAAAUCCAGGAUUUCCAGGCCCACCACCAGCAGCCGCGGGCCAUCGCCAGGCGGCAGCUCGCCAACAACCUCCACCUCCCGGCAAAGUGGGCCGCCGCCGCCGUCUCCCCAGUGGGCCUGACCGCCGGCAGCCCCGCCCUCUUGGCGUUCGCCGGUGUGUUCUGGGGAUGCGCGCUCUUCUGCCAGCAGUUCCACGCGUGGGCCCACACCCCGAGGCGGAGGCUCCCGCCGGUGGUGGCGGCGCUUCAGGAUGCCGGGAUUAUACUGGCGCCGGCGCAGCACGCCGCCCACCGCCGGCGGCCGUACAGUAAUAACUACUGUGUUGUUAGUGGGUUGUGGAACGGGUUUCUGGACAGGGUUGGGUUUUUUGUCGGGUUGGAGACGGUUGUGGAUCGGGUUUUCGGGUAUCAGCCACGAUCGUGGAGCGAGUUCUGA